CCUGCAUGGAAAAUUUGAAAUUCUUAGUGUGAGCUGAUAACGUGGAGAAUGUUGAGUCUCAAAGGAACCAGUGUUAAUAUAUUGACAAAGGAUGUAAACAUAGGCUCAAUAAUUUCUUCCCUCAGGAGCCUGGUCAAACUUUGAUGCUAAAUGAGCCUUGUUUUCCAAGCUUCUAAACAAGUUGCUGAGAUCCAUGGAGAAUAAGAUAAAUUCACAAUAUUAGCCCGCUGAUAAUUUGGAGACAUAAAGUUGAUGCAUUUGCCUUGCCCCAAAGACAUUUUAUGCAAAUCCACAAGCAAGGAAUAUUGGCUUCUCCAUUUUCAGAGGCUUUGUCUCCUUCAGGAAAGUGAAAGGAAAACACUUAGGUGUCUAGCGGUAGUGAGGUCUCCAGGCAGAAGGAAGGUGGGCAGCUGAGUCUUUCUGUUCUCAUGUUUUCAUUCUCACAGCUGCAGCAGUAAAGAGGUGUGGGGAGACCACCUGUCCUUCCUGAACAAUUUAUUGUGAUUUUGAGGUAAGACCGGAUGAAGGGAAUGGGUAGGAGAUGUUCAGGACGAUAGGGGAAUUCAAAUUCCUCCAGUUACUAUGUGUGUGAUCUUGGACAAGUUACUUAACCUCUCUGAGCCUUUUUACCUCUUAGCACUUUCAUUAAGCCAGGUACUGAGUUUCUGAAAGGUAAAAGGGAGAAAGUGGGUUGAACAGUGCGUGCAGUGGGUAUCAUAGUGACUUUACUGUCUCAGAGCCUCAAGAAUUUUCAUAGGAAGUGGUCCUACGUCCAACUGUUGCCUCCUUUGUUCUCUGUCUGUAUGGCCUUGACCAGCCUAUUCAUCUCUUCAAGAUACUGCUUUCACAUGUGACCAUCACUUCAUCCUGGUUUGUGUCAGCCCAGGGGAGGUUAGGAGUUAUGGGUGAGAUCUGAAAACAUGGAAGAAAAGGACAAAUGAGAAAAGAAAAGUUAAAGGUGGAGAAUCCUUGCCCUGGCUCUUCUUCCAGGGUGCUGUCACUACAGCCAGACUCAAGCUCCCGUAGAACAAAGCCUUAUUCUAGAAACAAAGGAUCUGAAUCCUCUCCUGAUGUGACCCCCCCUUUUCUUUUCUCACAGAUCACACCCUGGCAGGUAAUGGCUAUGGAAAAUGACUCUUCAGUGACAGAGUUCAUCCUGGUAGGAUUUACAGACCGACCUCAGCUCCAGUUACCCCUUUUCUUUCUCUUUUUACUGAACUAUGUGGUCACUAUGGUAGGAAAUUUGAGCCUAGUUAAUCUAAUAUGCCUGAAUUCUCACCUGCACACUCCCAUGUACUUUUUCAUCUUCAACUUAUCCUUCAUAGAUUUCUGCUACUCUUUGGUCAUUACCCCUAAAAUGCUGAUGAGCUUUGUCUCAGAGAAGAACAUCAUUUCCUUUACAGAAUGCAUGACUCAGCUGUUUUUCUUCUGUUUCUUUGUGCAUUCUGAGUGCUAUGUGUUGACAGCCAUGGCCUAUGAUCGCUAUGUGGCCAUCCGUAAACCUCUGGUGUACACGGUCACCAUGUCCCCUCAGGUCUGUUCUCUGCUGAUGUUUGGUUCUUACGUGAUGGGGUUUGCUGGUGCCAUGAUCCACACAGGGGACAUGGUCAGAUUGUCCUUUUGUGAUUCUAACAUCAUCAACCAUUACAUGUGUGACAUCUUCCCCCUCCUCCAGCUCUCCUGCAGUGGCACCUAUGCCAGUGAGUUGCUGAAUUCCAUUAUUGUGAGCACAGUUGUCAUAAUAUCCGGCUUUAUUAUUUUCAUUUCUUAUGCUUUGGUCCUGUCCAAUGUCCUCCAUGUCUCAUCAGCUCAGGGUUGGCCCAAAGCCUUCAGCACCUGUGGCUCCCACAUAGUAACUGUGGGUCUGUUCUAUGGGUCUGGGUUGUUCACACAUCUCAAGACCUCUCCUUCUGAUUCUGUGGACCAGGGGAAGUUCUUCUCAGUAUUUUACACCAAUGUAAUACCCAUGUUGAACCCCCUCAUCUAUAGUCUAAGGAACAAGGAUGUCAAAUGUGCUCUGAAAAAAACCCUGAAGAGAAUUGCAAACUAAGAAGAAUCAAUGUUUCUGAGUUGUUGGUGUGUGUUGU